UUGAGUGCGGGGUGUUGGCCUGCCCUUGCUGCAAGCUAUUUCCAGCGUGAGUGUCAGGCGUCCUGGUCGUUAUGGAGGCAGCCGUGACCGAAGAGCUGGAUGAAGAGGAGCAGCUGAUGAGAAGGCAUCGCAAGGAGAAGAAAGAGUUGCAAGCCAAAAUUCAAGGUAUGAAGAAUGCUGUUCCCAAGAAUGACAAAAAGAGAAGGAAGCAACUCACUGAAGAUGUUGCAAAGUUGGAGAAAGAAAUGGAACAGAAGCAUAGAGAGGAACUGGAGCAACUGAAGCUGGUUGCCAAGGAGAAUAAGAUAGAUUCUGUCGCUGUUAACAUUGCAAACUUGGUACUUGAGAAUCAACCACCUCGGAUAUCAAAAGCACAAAAGAGACGGGAAAAAAAAGCAGCACUGGAAAAGGAGCGGGAAGAAAGAAUAGCUGAAGCUGAAAUUGAGAACUUAUCUGGAGCCAGACAUAUAGAAAAUGAAAAACUUGCUCAAAUAUUGGCAGCCAGAGAGUUAGAAAUUAAACAGAUUCCGUCUGAUGGCCACUGUAUGUAUAAAGCCAUUGAGGAUCAACUCAGAGAACAGGACUGCACUCUGACUGUGGCUACUUUACGAAGUCAAACGGCUACGUAUAUGCAAAGCCACGUGGAAGACUUUUUGCCAUUUUUAACAAACCCUAACACAGGAGAUAUGUAUACCCCAGAAGAGUUUGGAAAAUACUGUGAGGAUAUCGUAAACACAGCUGCGUGGGGAGGUCAGCUUGAGCUAAGAGCUCUGUCUCACGUUUUACAGACACCUAUAGAGAUAGUACAAGCAGAUUCUCCUUCUAUUGUAGUUGGUGAAGAAUAUUCUAAAAAGCCAUUAACACUUGUAUAUAUGAGGCAUGCAUAUGGCUUAGGAGAACAUUAUAAUUCUGUUACACGGUUGGUGAACACAGUUACUGAAAAUUGCAGCUAGUUUACAAAACAUUAUGCAUUUAUUUAUGUUUUAGUACAGUAUGCCAAUCUGAGUAUCCUGCCAAGUGCUAGAUUGUUGGUGUUCUAAAUGCUGUUGUAAAACACAACUACCUUAAUCAGUUUUAUGAAGAAGUUUACAAACAGGCUUUUUAGAAUUAUGUCAAGUAUGUCAGAGAUAAACUUUAAACAUUUUCCUCUUCGUGGUAUUUUUAAAGCUGGUAAGUCUUUUGUGGACAACAUCAUUCAUAGGCCAAGAGAGUACCCUCUUCACUGAGAUUUUUAAUUAUAUCAUCCUGAAUAUUCUGUUUUGUAACAAAUUUUAAAUGUCUUAAAACUCUUCCCAAUGAUAAAAGCUUCCCAAGUAAUCAUUUUAAU